AACAAUAUUAACAAACAUAUAACAGAGUUUACAUUGGAUAAUAAUACAUUCAAUGUUGAUGAAGUAGUUAGAUCACCAAUCAAUGGUAUAGAAGGAGGUUGGAUAUUAGAUAAUGUAUUGUCCCCAAGUGAAUGUCAAUUGAUUGUGGAUAGGAUAUGGUCCGACAACUCUGACCAAGAGUACAAGAAGUUGGGCAUCCGUGUGAUCAGAACAUCCGAGGAGCUGGCCACAUCUCUGACAGCGCGCAUCGUCAAACACCUGCCAGGCAAGUUCGAGACUUACUCGCCAUCGAUCAAACAGACGAUCGAGUGGUCGCUCACAGGUCUGUCACACCGCCAUCGCUUCAUCCGCUACGACCAAGGCCAGGAGUUCCCCACACACAUGGACGGCCCGUACAACCAGAGUGACCGCGACACCAGCUAUCUGACCUGCUUGUUCUUCCUGAAUGAGUAUGGCGUCGACUUUGAAGGAGGUGAUCUGAGCUUCGUCGAGAAUGACUCGGCCGCCAGUGCCGUCCAACCAUCUGCACCCGGCGACACCUAUGCCACCAAGACCAUCACAACACUCCAUCCCAAGACAGGACGCGUUGUCAUCUUCCCACACAAACUUCUCCACACCAGUUCGCCAAUAACCAAAGGUCACAAAUUCCUUAUCCGUAAUGAUAUAAUGUAUAAAUGU